GGCGAAGAGGGGCCGAGAAGGGGGAAGACAAAGUAGAUAUUUUAUGUUUACCUCAACACAUGACGCGUAGGUGUGGCGUUGGUGUUUCAACAGGCUGUUUUUCAACAGAACGACGAUGGCUUAUGCCACUCGGCGGUCUUUACUAGUAAGAGUGCUUUUUGCACAGCUUGUGUUAUCAUCGAAAACUUCCAUUGUAUUAUCAGAAUGUCACAAUGGUUCUUCGCUAGUGAAUGUAUCUCUUGCGACUAAAACACCUUAUAGGUUUGUGGCAAACAGAGAUGACUCCCCUCCAACAUAUCAAGGAUGUUCUCCUAUUAAAUUUUGGUCGAUGAUCAGACAUGGUACAAGAAAUCCAAGUGACAGUAUAAUACAGAGAAUGAAUGAACACCUGCCCUUAAUUCGUGAUGAAAUCAUUAAAGCACACCGCAAAGGCAAAGGAAGUCUAUGCAGCCAUGAACUGAGACAACUUUCCAAAUGGUCCCCUCAGCUGGAGGAAGCAGAAGAGAAAAUUUUAACUCAUGAAGGAGAGGAUGAACUUCUUCUGCUAGGAGAACGUUUCCAGAAACGUUUCCCCCACCUUCUUCCUGAAGUGUAUUCCAAUUCAUCUUUUAAGUUCCAGUUUACAGCAACUCAAAGAGCAGAAGAAAGUGCACGUUCAUUUACAGUUGGCUUGUUUGGUCGUAGAAUUAGUCAGCACGUUUGGUUUCCGGAAGGAAUUUACAGAGAUCCUGUUUUGCGGUUUUACAAAUUAUGUGAAAAUUGGAGGAAAAGUGUGGAUAAGAACCCUGAGGCAUCCAAGGAACAGCACAGUUUUGCUAAAGGGCCAGAAAUGGUCAAAGUUCAAAAAGAAGUGACACAGCGUCUUGGUUUAAGUGAACUUAUAAGUUAUGAUGAUGUUAUUUUGAUUUAUGUGACAUGUUCAUUUGAGAUUGCUUGGUUUCCCAAAAAGAAUUCCCCCUGGUGUGCUGUCUUAUCAGACUAUGACUUGAAGGUGAUGGAAUAUGCAGAGGACUUAGAUAACUACUGGAUCGAUGGUUAUGGAUACAAAAUAAAUUAUGAACAGGCAUGUCCAACCAUCAAGGACAUGUUCAAUUUCUUCAGCUCCCCUGACACUAAGGAAAAAGCUAUUGUAUACUUCUCACAUGCUGGCACAGUGCUAAAAAUGCUCGCACACCUUGGCCUGUACAGAGAUGAUGAACCAUUAUUAGCAUCAAACUUUAACCAAAUGCUUCAUAAACGUCAGUGGCGGGUUGGACAGAUCAGCAGCUUUGCUUCAAACAUUGCAUUUGUUCUCUACAAGUGUGGAAACGAAAGCUCAGCACCACUUAAGAUAUUAACUCUUCAUCAAGAACGACCAGUACGGCUUCCAGGCUGUCCUUCUCAUGAAGACCUUUGCAGCAUUCACAAAUUUGAGGACGCAUUCUCUUCUAGUAUUAAGAAUUGUGACUUCCAGAAUAUGUGCGCAUUUAAAUCUAACUGACACUCUCAGCCAUAUUGUAGCAGAGUUGUUUUGGUUCCACUAUAAUUCUAAUAAGUUUUGUUUUGUUGAAUAUUAAUACUUUUUUUUCUCCUUUUCCUUUUAAUUUUAGUGACUUGUGAUAGUAUGUUUUUGUACCACUGCUGUUAUGCCAAUUGACUUUUAGUUAGCUUUGUCAAAUUUGUCUCUCUGAUGUGAUGUAUUUUUAGUUUGUAUGACUUAUCUGUAAUAACUCUGAAUUUUUUUAGAGCAAAAGGACUGUGAAUCAUAUUGGACCACAUUUUGAGUACAAUGUCUUUGUAUUUGUGAUAUGCUAUACGUGUCAGAUUGCCCACUGUGGGUGGUCACACUCUGCAGUGCUCAGGUCAGUCUGAGCACUACAAGGAGACUGUUGAGCAAGACUAAGCGCUAGGUGUUUAUUUUUCUUUAUUUUUAAAAUUAUUAUUACUAUCAUUAUUUAUCAUCUGGCAUAUGUUCGUGGAUCCUGAACUAGUAUAUCUGGGAUACAGAUCCGAACAAAGUCAUUACUCAUAGUGCUCUAGGAUGGACGUCCAUGUUUGUAUUCCAGGUAGUUUUGGACUUAUUUGUUGGUUGUAUAAAAACUUCAUACACAGUAUUUUUAAAAAAGAUUUAUUGUAUUUGAAUAAUGCAGUGCUGAAAAAAAUACUUUCUCAUGAAAGUCCUUUGUUUUUGAAAUAUAAAGACAAUGCAAAAAAAUGUUAAUAAAAAUGUGUAGUGUUACAACAAUAACAUGAUGAAAUUGUUAGCAUGAUGUACCAUAGGUUGCUUAAGCAUAUGGAAUUUUUGUCCCUGUGCAAAUACAAAUUUCAGUCUCCAAAAAAUAAGGCCUACUACAAGUUUAAUUGUAAUUAAAACUAAAAUAUUUGACUAAAAGUGCUAAUCUAACAUCAUUUUAAAGAAACUCCCUCAAAA